AUGGAGGACCUGUCGAACAUUGUAGAUGGAGAAACAUGGCGAAUUUUAAUAGACAACGGCUUCACGUUGGCCUCUCUCCAAAUCACAUCCGAAAAAGAUUUGGAAGAUAUUGGAGUGUUGAAGGGGCCGCGGCUGCUUAUAAAAAACUUUUUGUCCAAGCAGACAUCACCGAUGCCGGAAUCUUCCAAUGCCGGUCGAGUUCGACGAGAGAUCGAGGCCACCGUUAUUCGAGAGGUACUGGAAGCGGACAGCAAUUUUAGCAACAAGUUUUACGCUGUCCUGCUGAACGAGUUACCCCUAGAUCAUAACACGGCUUUGGAAAUGGUCAGGAUAUUAUGUAACCAUUUCUUUAAAAUACGGAUGUUGAAUAACGACUACCCCAACAUUAAAGACAAGAUGUCGCUGGCGGACGCAAUUCUAGAAGCCUUUCCUUAUCUGGAAAAAAACAAGAAUCAGAGAAGAUGCGCCAAAGGAAUCAUUCGACGUUUGGACACGAUGCGGAAGAGUGUGCCUCGUGAAAACCGAAAAUUUCUACGAGCACCACAUCCCAAUCCACUGCACAUUCAAGAAACCGUUUUGGAAGAGGUUGAUUUGGUUGCUGAUCUUCCCGCCAUCAGGGAAAACAUGAGGGAGAUAAUUUCGAUGAUGCGUAAUACGCAUGAAGUACUCGAGGCUAUGCGCUCAUCGAAAGUAUCUCCCAAGGACAUUAUAACCAAGUUCCCUCAUUUCCGUAGCUUUGGUGGCGCAAUGAUCCAACAAGCAUAUCAACGGAUCCACAGUAAUGCUGAAAAGGCUCAACCAAACUUGGCAUUACUCAGAACUUUCCUCUCGAAGGCUCAAUUCUUGGGGAAAAAUUUUGAAACGAUUGAAGAUGAUUACAUCCGUGCAUGCGGAAUACUACUCACGAGAAUGGGUUCGAGAGGCUGCAAGCGGAACUGGAUGGACCGGGAGCUGAGCAUCAACCAAUUAACACUGGCGCCUUUGAUAAGGUGGGUGGAUCCGGCACAGCUGGUAAGCCACAUUCAAUUGGGAUUUCAUCCACAUAUAAUCUGUCUCGGUUUGGCAGAAAGGAGGGGGAAUUACCUCCUUCUAGUCGAUGGUGGUGAAACAAUUGAAUGUGGUGAUUCGAGCCUUCAAGCGCUCGACACCUUUUUCAAAAUAUUUGAUGUUCUCAACGUCAAAAUCCCAUCCCUGCUGAGGAGCCUAUUGGACUUGGUUCAACUAGAGGUGUACCAGACCAAGAAGGCCACUCCCAAGCCAAUGGUUUUGAGUGUCCUCAACCUCUACUCGCGUGCUCAUCGCGCCGAAGAAGGUGUGUAGGAGAAAUGCAACGGUUUUGAAGACACCAAAGGAAUGCGACGUUGACAAAAUGUAAUGCUUAAUUCCCGCUAACCUCAAUAAUCAUAUUGAAUCAAAAGUUAAAUUGCAAGAGAAAAAUGUA